GAUUCUGCGUGACAGGUCCGUAGGAGGUUUCCUAUUGGUUUAAAGAGGCAGUGUGGGUUUACAACGAGGAAAGCGGAGAUGCGAUUACAAUGAAUUUGUAAAUAAAAUGAAACAAGUCUUGUAGAGACAUGAGACUCGCUGUAUACGCGUUUGGCGGCUUUGCUCUUGGGCUUUUGCUCGUUGGUUUGCGGGAAUUAUUGUUUGGUUUCGGGGAGAACCGAUGCAGCAUGACAUACAUGUUCGAGUACCCAGAAUACCGACGUGUGCAGCUUCUGAAGCGUGUGGCGCGCCAGUACCCAUCAUAUGGCCUGUAUCUGUAUGGAGAGGGCGCAUAUGCUCAGGAGACCAGAGGACUCAAGCUCACUGGCGCUCCUGUGCUCUUCUUGCCUGGGAAUGCGGGCAGCUACAAGCAAGCCCGUUCUCUGGGUUCAGUGGCGUUGAGGAAGGCUGAGAACCUGGACGGGCCAAUCCAUAUGAACGUGUUCACCAUUGACUUCAACGAGGAGUUGGUGGCCCUGUAUGGGGGCAGUUUGCGCAGACAGACUCAAUUUCUACAUGAAAGCAUCAAAGCCAUAUUGCGCCUUUACAAGGACCGUCCAGACCCUCCCACGAGUGUGGUUCUGGUGGGUCACUCCAUGGGUGGAGUGGUGGCAAGAGCGUUGUUCACCCUGGCACGUUUCAACCCAGGCCUGGUCAGCCUCAUCAUCACGCAGGCCUCACCCCACCAGGCACCUGUCCUGUCUCUGGACCCUUAUAUACUGGAGUUUUACUCCGCAGUCAGGCAUCGCUGGGCCACAAAUGCUGAAGACCUUCGAAAUGUAACCGUUCUCUCUGUGGGUGGUGGUUACCUUGACUUCCAGGUGCGCUCUGGUUUGACAGCACUGUCCUGCCCCAUCGAUGACCUCAAUAAGAUGUCAGUAGUGGCGACUGCAGUUCCCCGAACCUGGGUUUCCACUGAUCACAUUUCCAUCGUUUGGUGCAAGGAGCUGGUUCUGGCCACAGUCCGGGCGUUCUUCGACCUUAUUGAAUCUGAAACAGGGCAGUUCACAGAGAGUCUUGAGAAGCGGAUGUCAGUGCUGAACUAUCACUUCUUUAGACAUCCAGUGCUGCAUCCUGGAGGAGCACAGGAUGCCCCUGUCACUUUCUCAGCUCCUCCUGAGGCGUGGAAGGAGGUCAACACACUCCGUCUGUUCUACAGUGCCCCCAAGGAAGCUCAAGUCAUUUACUUCCUGUUUGCCCUCUCCAGUCGAAGGAAAGCCUACAGUCAUUUCCACUGCCGCAGUAAUAAUAUGGAAAUGACCAGCUGGCUAUAUGGCUGUACACAGAUGAGUGGCUCGAUAUGUGUUCAGGCAGUAGAUCUGUCAUCUCGGACAGAACUUCUUCCAGCCUAUAAGGCUGUUACAGUAAAAAUCAGCGACCUUUUGUCUGUCUCUCAUCUCAUUAUUGACGCCUCAAACCCCAGUGGAACAGAGUUUGUAGUGGAGUGUGAGCUGCAGAGAGAGGAGAGCUUGACUGUGUCCGUGCAGGUGCCUCAUGUGCUGUCCUUUGGUCUGACUGUUAGUGACAUCAGCAUCAACUCCUCUGGGCUGCUUCACACACUACAGUUGCAAGACUUUCAUCAGGUCUAUCAAGCUUUCAGAAUAACAAUCACGAGUCACUGCAAAACCACUAAAGACAGACUGCCCAGUGUGUACAGACUGAGGGUACCUUGGUUUCGUGAAGACUCUUUUGAUACGGCAAGUAUUCCUUCGGUAUCUGACAUCUACAGCACGCUGCACACCAGCCGCCCAGACAACGCCUCCAGUGCCCUCCUGCAGCUCCACACUGCCCCCAACUGCCAAUACAAGGUGUCUAUUCGGACUUCUUUCCCUAAAGUGCUUGGGCAGAUUCUGCGUUUCUGUGGUCCGGUUCUUCCUGUCUACUUGGCUGUAGUUCUUCUUCUGAUGAUCAGGGCUCAGCUGAGCUCCAUCAAGAGAUCUGGACAUCCUUCUGGAAUGCAAGAGGUCAUGAGUAAAUCGUUACAGCUCCACAAACUGGAGCUGCCCGUCCUCCUGCUGCUGCUGCUGCUCAGGCAGAGCUGGUUUCAGGAUGUCUGGUCUACUCUGGGUCUCCCUGCAGUGGAUUCUCUUCCUCUAAACUCUAUGGAGGAGCUAUCCCACGAUCCAAAGGCCUCUGUUCAGGAAUGGCCCCGUAUAGUGUCGCCACUGCUCUGUGUGCUAGGUUCAUCCAUUGCAUUCUGGGGUAGCACAGUCCUCCGAGUGUUUGUCUGCUUCCUGUCCUUUUUUCUUGCUCCACUGCACAGACCUUCAGUGUCCCGGGACUGCGGCACGCUUCGUCUUCGUUCUCAGCUUCUCCUAAUUAUCUUUUUAAAUGUGCUGGGAGGCGUCACAUGUGGUGCACUGGCUAUUAUGGUCUCCUGUCUUCUCCACCUCUACAGGGUGCUUAGAUUACAGAUGACAGAGAGGUCACUGAGCCACAUGUUGAACCUGGCACCACAGAAAGUUUCACAAAAAUCAGAAAAUGGUUUCCGUGCCAGUGAUGAUCACAGUAAGGUUCAAGAAUGUAACGGCAGCCCUCUACUGACAGAAUCAGUGCUACAAGAUGUCAGAGAUGAUCUGCAGCUCCACUUUAGUCUGUCCACACUGCUUACUCUAACCACGAUGCUUAGUGUCCCUUCCCUUAUCCACUGGAGACACAAUCUCAGAUAUUGGGUUCAUCUGGAUCCUGACCCCUUCUGGCCUCACUUUGUACCCCUGCUCAUCAGCUCUGUUCUGCUCCUCAACUGUAACACAGAUACACUCCUGCGCAGCAAACUGAUGCUGAAUCUGACGCUUCAUCUGUUGUUGCCACUGUGUGUGGGAAUGCUGGCUUUUUGUCCACUGCACAUUUACAGGGUCACUUAUUUCCUGUCAGCAGCUCUGGCCCUCUUGGUCUGUUCUUGCUACUUUUGACCUACCCUACAAACUUUAAACGUGAGUCUGCACUGAGAUUAAAACAAGACCUGGGAUUUGUAAAAAUUUAGACCAGAUUAGACCAAAACAGCCUUAGAAACCCUUUGUGUGUUCUGUGGGAUCACAUGGACUAGUGACAUCAGUGGACCAGCACAUUCGAAGUCAUGUGACCUGUCGUUUGUCAUCAUUUGUAGCUUCUGUACAGGGUAUUAUACUUGUUAAUUGUGGUAUGUCUGUAUUCAGGAGCAAUACUUCUUGUUCAUAAGGCUAGUUUCCCAGACACAUUAAAGGGUUACUCCACCCCAAAAUGAAAAUUAAUCCCGUCUCAUUAGUCACUUACCCCCAUGUCGUUCCAAACCUGUAAAAGCUUAGAUUGUCUUAGGAACACAAUUUAAGAUAUUUUGGAUGAAAACCUGGA